UGAAACAUUAGCUCGAGUGGAAGCGGAUCGACUUUAGAUUUUCGUUCAGAAUGGCCGACUUACUCAAUGGAACCCUGAUCAUAUCGGAGGAUCCUGUCCGCCUGCCACUCAUCGGAAGUCCAUGGCCAUCGCUGACCAUCGUUUCGCUCUAUCUGCUGUUCGUCUUGAAGUUGGGCAGGAAGUUCAUGGAGAAACGAAAGCCCUACGAUCUCCGUGGAGUCAUCAGGGCAUACAACAUUAUGCAGAUCGUCUACAACGGCGUUGUUCUGAUAGCGGGUCUUCACUUUUUGUUCGUCCUGAGGGCCUACGACCUGCGAUGCAUCACCGGACUGCCCCUGGAUCACGAGCUGAAGAGCCGGGAAAGAUGGUUGACCUACUCGUACUUCUUCAACAAGUUCAUCGAUCUGCUGGAGACUGUGUUCUUUGUGCUGCGCAAGAAGCAUCGCCAGAUAUCCUUCCUGCACGUCUUCCACCACCUGGUGAUGUCCUUCGGCGGUUAUCUGCACAUCACCUUCAACGGCUACGGAGGCACUCUCUUCCCAUUGUGCCUGCUCAAUGUGGCGGUCCAUGUGAUCAUGUACGCCUACUACUACCUGUCCUCCGUCAGCAAGGAUGUGCAGACGAGUCGGUGGAAGAAGUACAUCACCAUUGUCCAGCUGGUGCAGUUCAUCCUGGUGCUAGCGAACUUCAGCUACACCCUCAUGCAGCCCAAUUGCAAUGCCUCGCGAACUGUGAUAUAUAUUGGCAUGUUCGUUUCGACGACCUUCAUCCUGAUGUUUGCCAACUUCUACAUUCACAACUACAUACUUAAUGGUAGCAAACAGAAGCGCGCGUUGAAAACCGAUUGAGGCCGCAAAUCCUUUGAAUGUGACUGUCGCGAUUCCGAGUAACUAAUAAACUAGCAUUGGAGCACUCAGCACCAA